CGGAGAGGAGGCGCCGAGGGGAGGGAAGGGGAGGCAGCUGGGGGGAGACGUCUCCCACCUCCUCCUUCCCCUCGCCGGCACCGCCUCCUCGGCUCUCCCCAGUGCCGGGGUGCCCGGGCGGGGCGGCGCUCCCGCUCCCUGCCGGGGGUCGGCGCGGCCGGAGCGGGCGGGGGACGCGGCCGGUGCCGUGCGGAGGGAUUUCCUCAGAUGUCUUUUUCCAUCCUCCAAGUCUCUUUGAAACCAACAAGACUGAGGUUAUGAAGUCAAUUCUAGAUGGCCUUGCAGAUACAACUUUCCGAACAAUUACAACAGAUCUCCUUUACGUGGGCUCCAACGAUAUCCAGUACGAAGACAUGAAAGGCGACAUGGCAUCCAAGCUGGGAUACUACCCCCAGAAGUUCCCUCUCUCCUCUUUUAGGGGUGAUCCUUUCCAAGAAAAAAUGACUGCAGGAGAUGAUCCCCUGCUAAGCAUUAUUCCCUCAGACCAGAUCAAUAUCACAGAGUUUUACAACAAGUCCUUGUCCACGUUUAAGGAAAAUGAGGAGAACAUACAGUGUGGGGAGAACUUCAUGGAUAUGGAAUGCUUUAUGAUCCUGAACCCCAGCCAGCAGCUGGCCAUCGCUGUGCUGUCGCUCACCCUGGGCACCUUCACAGUCCUAGAGAACCUCCUGGUCCUGUGUGUCAUCCUCCACUCCCGAAGCCUGCGGUGUAGACCCUCUUACCAUUUCAUAGGCAGCCUGGCUGUGGCCGACCUCCUGGGCAGUGUGAUUUUUGUCUACAGUUUUGUUGAUUUCCAUGUUUUUCACAGGAAGGACAGCCCCAAUGUCUUCUUGUUCAAGCUGGGUGGAGUUACUGCCUCCUUCACUGCCUCUGUAGGUAGCCUUUUUCUCACGGCAAUAGACCGGUACAUAUCUAUACACAGGCCGCUAGCUUACAAAAGGAUUGUAACCCGACCAAAGGCUGUCGUUGCGUUUUGUGUGAUGUGGACCAUUGCCAUUGUAAUAGCUGUUCUUCCACUGCUCGGCUGGAACUGCAAAAAGCUCAACUCCGUGUGUUCAGACAUAUUCCCUCUCAUCGACGAGACGUACCUGAUGUUCUGGAUCGGGGUCACCAGCAUCCUCUUGCUGUUCAUUGUCUAUGCCUAUAUGUACAUACUGUGGAAGGCGCACAGCCACGCUGUUCGCAUGCUUCAGCGUGGCACGCAGAAAAGCAUAAUCAUUCAGAGUACAGAGGAUGGGAAAGUACAGAUCACUAGACCUGAUCAAACUCGUAUGGACAUCAGGUUAGCCAAAACCUUGGUCCUUAUUCUAGUCGUUUUAAUCAUAUGCUGGGGUCCUCUCCUCGCCAUAAUGGUGUACGAUGUCUUUGGGAAAAUGAACAAGCUCAUCAAGACUGUCUUUGCCUUCUGUAGCAUGCUCUGUCUGCUGAAUUCGACAGUGAAUCCCAUCAUCUACGCUCUGAGGAGCAAGGACUUGAGACAUGCCUUCCGGAGCAUGUUCCCCACCUGCGAAGGGACUGCACAGCCUCUGGAUAACAGCAUGGAGUCUGACUGCCAGCACAAACACGCCAACAACGCGGGAAACAUGCACAGGGCUGCUGAGAGCUGCAUUAAGAGCACAGUUAAGAUUGCCAAAGUGACCAUGUCUGUCUCCACAGACACGACUGCUGAAGCGUUGUAAGUCAGAGACUUCUCAGCGUUGUGAGAAAAGGAGUUAGUUAAAAAAAAAAAAUUAAUUGAACAACAGAGAAUACCAAACCCGUGGUGUAACGUGUUUGUACCUCCCUGUAAUAUCUUUUUGAUUUGUCAUUGUAAGCUAAGCAAUGGUUGUGUUAAGAGUAUUACCAUCAGCCAGUCCUUCGAGUUUUACAAUUAGGGAUCCAAGCUAAAUUUUCAAAAGUUGUUUUGUUGUUUUCUUUUUCCCCUCAAAAAGUGUUUACUGGAUAAUAGCGAGUUUCCUGCAAGAGCACAGAAAAAACACCAAGCUAGCAAAAGUUCCUUUUUGGGAUGUGAAGAAAAAUUGUGAAACCUAAUUGAAAUCUAAUGCAUCCUAAAUCAAUACCAUUCAAUAAGAAAAAGCCUUGUAAUCAUGCUGUCCAUCUAAAUGUGAAAUGUAUUUCAUGUCUGUAAGUAAUAGGAGUUUUUGAUUUUUUCCAAAAGCGGCAGUGCUGAGUUUUAGGAAUUUUGUAAAAUGUGUCGUGUCCUGUGAAUUGUAUGCUGUUUUGUUAUGUGUUAUUGAUAUUUGUCCAAUUAAACAAAGUGAUAAGGUAGAUUUAUGUGGAAAUAAUGUGAAAUGUGAUAUGUAAACCCCAUUGAAAAUACUUACUGUAUUUGAAGAGUUCCUAUGAGCUAUUUUGGAAAUUUUACACUUCUAGUGGUCUUCUGUGGAUGUAGGGGAGAGGCUUUGCUUUCUUUUACUAAAAUUGCUUCCCUACUACCUUUUAUUUUCACAUGCAUAUGAGAAUAACAGCAACAAAGGAAUAGAGGAGGAAUAUAAGAGAGGAAUGCUCUGGUUCAGACUUUUAAAUACCGCUGCAGAGGGACAUUUACUGUUGUACAGACUUAUCUCCCUUCUCUUGGGUGUUGUGUGAAUAUGAACGCUGAAAGCGAAGGUCCUGGAUUUUGGCUCCUUGAGUCACAUGCUGGUGCUGGACAACUGAAAACAGCAUGUGUCCAGCUCCAUGUGUGAUGUAAUCACUGUGCCAUCGAUGUAUACUUGAAGUGUGUUGCAUUCCUGUACCCCAGGUUUAAGCCAGUUCAGAGCCUGAGAUGCCGGACUCCAGCCUUCACUCAAAGAGGAGGAAGUAUUGUCAGAUUUAGGCAUUUUCUUAUUGUGUGAGCGUGUAUAUAAAUAAAUAUCUAUGUGUGUGUACGUGUGUGUGUGUGUAAGUAUAAUAAGUGUGAGUCAUGGUAGCAUAACUAAGAUAGGACACUAUGACCAAAUGUAAGCUGUAUUUCUUGUUGCACGCUUUGCACACAAAUUCUGUUUCUAAAAUUGAGUUCUUCCAACUGAUUGCUGACGAAGGUACCAUAUUGUGAACAUACAGAUCCAGCACUAAGGGGUGUAUCCAUGUGCUAGAGAAAACAACCUUCCAGCUGUGCUUGAGAAUGAAAUGCAGCGAGACAGAGUCAGGUGUGAGCCAGCACUGACCACUGGAGUGGAUGUUGAGGAUGUUAUGGAAAUGGAGUAUGCCAGGAAUAAAGGAGCGUUUCAAUCCUUUUGUAUUCAAAUCUGAUUGUGUGAAACGAGGUGAGUCUCACUGUGAAACUAGGUUACAGAGGACAAGGUGUGAUUUCAUCAGCUUCCAGGAAGGUGAAGUUACUCGUGAAAAUGGAGACUCUGCUCUAUAGAGGAACUGUGUUUGACACCUGGGAUUUCCACAAGGAGGAUGUUGAUAGUCUUUUAGGCAUGGAUACUGUCACACAUUGAAGGUACUGUGUCCCGUUCUCUGCUGCCUUCCUCUUUUGGACUGUUUCCUCACGCCUUUCCUAACUGCUUUCUGCCAAAAUGGCUGUGGAUGUGGCCUAGCCCACUAGCUGCCUGGUGCGUGCCACAAGUAGAGUGACUCCCUCAGUGACACUGGGCCAGCAGAGCUGCUGUCCUGCAGUGGGCUUACAUAGGGAAGGAGAGCAGGGUGGUAGCCUAGAGGUUGCUGGCCACCAGAAUGUCUCCAUGGUGUUUGGAAGUGGUAGUGCAGGCCAGAGCAGCUGGUAGCAGAAAAGGCCAAGCUGAGCUUAGCUGGCAGCUCUUUGGUGGCAGAGGUGGCUGUGAGUUCAGGGCAUUCAGAUACUGUGUGUGGUGGCACCUUGCAGAGAUCUCCUCAGGAGAGAUACUGUGCAGCAGAAGUUAUGGGAGUAUUCUCUUCCACCUCCAUCCCUGCAGCUGACCUGAGUGGUGGGACAGGACAUCCCACCCCUAAGUGUGUCAGGGCAGGUCUUUCUCGUAUCUAGAUGUAGUCCUUCCUAAAGCAAUCCUCGUGGAGAGGAGGGGGGAAUCCCACUUAAAUGUUAAGGUAUUUUAAGAGCCAUUUUUGAAACUGUCUUCUUGUGAAUUAAAUGCAAACUUUGUGGACUUUCGUCGUGCAUUUGAGUUCUAAAUUUUAUGUGAUAAAUCAUGGGACAAUGGGGCUGUCUUGGCACUUAACUUGGUGCUUACUGAUAGAAUAAGAAAUAGCAUCCUGUGAAACGUUACCGUCUAUCAUCAGGAUCUUCAUUUGCAUAAUGAGUUUUUCUAAAGCUCUGGGAACUGUGUCAGUUCACUUAGAACCAUUUAUUCAAGAGGUGGCAACUACUUGCCUACAAGUUGCACAUGGAGUGGGACGGCCAAUUCAUUAGCAAAACCUGCUGCCAUUCCGAGAUAAGCUGUACUUCACCUUCAGCUCCAGCAGUUCCCCAUUUGCAGCUGACUACCUUCACCUAGCGAUAGCACAGCCAACCUGUGCUCUACGGCCACCCACACUGUCACCACCCAACCAGUGAUAGUCGCCAUUAUGUGUACCUGAAAACUCCAAAUGUCGUAUAGCUGUAAGAAGAUCAUUCGUGUUACAUGCGUGCAGAGUUAGAUUCUCAACAGUCUUGAUUGUAUAUUUGUAUAAUAUAAUCCCCGCGACGCUGUGCAAUCGAUAUCUGCGUUUUCUUGCACUGGUCUCUGGAUGAAAAUUGUAGUGUGUCUGUUGCGAGAUAGACAGCGCAUUUUGCCUGCUGUUAACUGGGCUGAAUGUAUGUAAAUAAGUGGGAAAAACAAAAGUCAUCUGUACAAGCAGUGGCCUAAAAGUCUGUAAUUGUUGAGUAGGGCAAUUGUUGAAGUUGCUGUGACAUCUCAAAUACUACCUUUGAAUAAACUGUUUACAAGGUCUCUUGAGAUGCUGUCUCAUAGUGAAAGGAAAAUACUUCCUUGUGAUAAUAUAACGUAAAGAAAUGGGGCUACCUGAGCUUUUUAUUUCCAGUGUUUCAAAGUGGACAACAUAACUCUUUAUUGUCUGUAAAUCUAACAUUAUUACUUCCUCUUAGAAGAAUAUUGUAUCAUUAGGUGUUUGUUUGAGCUGGUAACAUCCUUGCAACUGCUGCAAUAUUUUUCACUAGCAACAUGUAUAAUAGUUUGUACACAAGUACUGUUCAGAUUGUCAUGAAAAGUAGCUUUGACCAUUUACCUACCAGUAGCAGAAUAGUAUUUCUGUAAAAUUUCCAGUGUACUACUACCAUAUCAUAUUUUAUUUCUAUAAUGUAAUUAAACUGUUAUUUAUUCAAGGAAAAAAAGAAGCAUUUCUCUACUUUUUUUUUUUUUUGUUUUCCAAAUUUUGAGGUAAUGAGGAAGCCACGUGAUGAUGCUGCCUCAUCCCACAAUCUGGUGCUCUACGUUUUGUUUAUAAAUUUGUCUGUCAGAUUCUGAAACAACUGCUUAAACCACUUGACGACAGGUUGUCAAGCUUUGUAGGGUUUAAUUGUAUGCUGAUAUCUUUGAAAAAGGAGGUAGAUUAUGUAUUUGUGUAUUCAGUACUAUGGAGACAAGAGAAAUGACAUAGUUAAAACUGAAUCUCCUGCUCCAUUAUGUAGGCAAUUUCCCCUUUCCUCUGUAUUAGCAAAACAUGCAAUAAAUCUCUUUUGCCUUCGUCAGAUGCAUAUGUUUGCACACAGAUACCACAUUAGAAAAAACUCAUACUUAAGAAAGACAAAACACAAAAGAACAGAAGAAAUACAAAUAAAACAGUGCUGCCAACAUCAUCAACAACUUAAAGUAGUUUUUGGUGGUGUAAAGGCAAGAGGCAAACAAAAAUUGGUCUUGUUUUGGCCAAUGCCAAUGGGUAAAGAGCUAUGGGUACGAUGGUAACUGGGGACGAUGGAGCAGUCCAACAACAACACACAAAAGCUGUGCAAGAAGAACAAACUCAGCCAUGCCACUGCUGACUGGACACAAUACCAGGCUCCCACCACAGCUGAAAAUAUGAGCUGAAAAAAUACUUCUACUCUCUUUGUGGUCUCACACGCUCAAUCCAAAGCCCACUGAGUACCACAGAAAGAUCACUGCUCAUUUAGAGUCAGUUUUCACAGAAUCACAGAGUCACAGAAUGGCGUGGGUUGGAAGGGACCACAAGGAUCAUGAAUCUCCAAUCCCCCUGCCACAGGCAGGGCCACCAACCUCCACGUUUAAUACCAGACCAGGCUGCCCAGGGCCCCAACCAAUCUGGCCUUGAACACCUCCAAGGACGGGGCAUCCACAGCCUCUCUGGGCAGCCUGUUCCAGCACCUCACCACUCUCAUAGUAAAGAACUUCUCCAUACAGUUUAAUCUCAGAUUGCCUUACUUGGGCAAUUUUCCUUCUCCAUGUUCAUGGUUUUGAAUCAGUGGGCAUCUUCAGGGUGUGUAAGGAGCAUGUCCAAUGGUCUUGAACUGUGGUUUUGCCACAGUACAUGUCUUUUUAAAAAUAAGAUUACUGAUACAUUGAAAUAUCCUUGAAAAGAAAAAGGAACUAGAAAUGAAAAAUUAGAUCUUAAUCUUUAACUGUAUGCUACAUUUUACGAAGAAGUCUGAAUAUAUCUGCUGAAAGCUCUCACAACUGAAACAGCCAGGGAGACAAUUCCUUCUGUAUUCACACAUUCAGUGGAAAAUAAGGGCUGUGCUGCCAUAAACUGACAGUUCCUCUUGACAGUGACACCUAACUGCAUCUGUAAGUCUGCUCUGAACAACAUGGGAGGAAACGAUGACAACUCUGCAAGCAACUACUUUCCUACACUAAACCAGCUCUGGAAGUGUGUGGGCAAAUACACUGUCAUCAUUUCAGCCCUACACGGUGACAUUCAUUAUUAUUUCUGCUCUUCUGACAGCUUUUUUUAAGAAGUCACAAGAUCAUCAUGCACACACAAAGCAAUAGUUUUCAUCAAUAAAAUAUCUAUUUGCUUCACUUUUUAAAAAAAUACAAUCUGUCUUCAGUAGAAGUCUGGCUUUGGCUUGAUUUAGAAAUAAAAUGUAUUAUGUUGGUAUGUUAUUAUGUUGAUACAGGUUAGAAAAGAACAGACAAAAACCAUUACUGUAAUAUCUGCCCAUGUGUCCUGUUUUUUUCUUUCCCCUUUAUAGUGUCUGGUAUGAUGCU